UCUAUCGACACCGACAGCACCCAGGUCACCGGCAAAACUACAUCUUACAUCCUACCGCAGGUGGUAGGCUACGCCAAAACAUAAAAGCAAAUGUACCUAGAGUCCCAAAAAAAAACAGCUCAGUGGAUAUUAGCAGUGAGGCACAUAAUACCAUAAAGUACGAUAAGAAGUUUAAGACUCUUCACUCUCCGGCCUGCAGAAAAGAUCAAGAUAAUGACUCCAACGCCGGCAAACCCAGCUGCGGCACGGUGGAGGAUGUCAAAGAUUGGAGGAGCAAAAGGAAGGCCAGCACUCAUAAGGGGUCUUCCAAGAAAAAUCUAAGGCCCAGUUCCUCUCACAGUGUUAUAUCAGGGGGCACCAGUGUGAGGGGGAGCAAGUGGAAAACAGACACUAAUGAAGACUGCCCCAAGAAAAAGAUAAGGGGUAGCAAUGAUGCCAACACCAAUGAGCCCAGCAUUGUGUUUAUUGAGGGUAGCCAUGUGAGGCAGAGUGAAAGGAAGGCCCACAAUGACACAGACAGUUCCUCAAAGAUGCAGCGCUCUGACCUCAGCCUGAGCAGCAGCAUAUGUUCAUCCUCAGAUGAGGAUAAUAUAUAUGGCAUCCCCUUCUCAGUAAAAACCAGCAGAGCUGAAUUUGAAGCCAACUAUAUUGAGAUUUACAAGAUUGCAAAAGGUGGUUUUGGAGCCGUAUAUGCAGGCUACCGAAAAGAAGACGUUGCAUCAGUUGCUAUCAAACAUAUUCCAAAAGAAAAGGUCCAGUACAGUAAAGUGGUCAACAAUGGAAAGGUGUAUAAGGUCAUUGAUGAAGUCGCCCUCAUGGUGAAAGCAGCAGGUGGAGCUGAAUCACCUGGGAGAUCUGCAGCCAUCUCCCUGCUUGACUGUUACGAUCUGGAGGAGGACCUUCUCUUGAUUAUGGAAAGACCAGUCCCCUCCAUGGAUCUCCACCAGUAUCGCAAUGCCAAAAGAGGCUUCCUGCUGGAAGAUGAGGCUAAGACCAUCCUAAGGCAGAUGGUGGAUGCAGCCAUCGAGAUGCACACAAAUGGAGUCUUUCACAGGGACAUCAAGUUAGAAAACAUCCUCAUUGAAACUGGAUCACAUGUCCUGCGCGCUCGUGUGAUUGAUUUUGGCUGUGGUUGCCUCAUGAUAAAGGGAUAUUACUAUCGCUACUCUGGUACCUUAUCAAAAGCCCCUCCAGAAUGGUUCAUGUUCAAAAGAUACAAAGCCAGUCCCACAACGGUGUGGCAGCUGGGAGCACUGUUGUACGACCUGCUGGAUCAUGAUUAUUCCUUUAAAACACGUAUUUACCUUGAAAGAGGGCUCAAAAUCAACUGUAAUCUGUCCAUAGACUGCCAAGAAUUCUUGCACAUGUGUCUGGUCAGAAACCCUAACAGGCGUCCCAGCUUAGAGCAGCUACAGCUCCAUCCCUGGCUCAUAUAGUCCAUGCCACACCACCUGCUCAUUUGCCAAAUGAGUCCCAGGUAUUAUCCAGGAAGAGGCACUGGAGGGAACUCAAACAAGUCCAAAUUAAUAAAAUGGUUUGAUGAAUCAA